AGUAUAAUCAAUUUGAACGCUAGAUGAUAUAGGAUUAUUAUAUUUAGACCAAGAAAAUUAACUUAUCCUUGAUAGCAGUAUUGUUAGUUCCCCCUUCGGACGAGUCUACUACGCGCAGAGGUUAUUCAGGCUUAACACGACAAACUGCUAAUAUGAUCGAAGUACGUAGCGUAAGCUAGAUGUUUGAAAUGAAACAGUGACAGUGUAGACGUCUGUUACACGUGAAGUUUAACAACUUAGAUUUGUGUAGCCGUCAUAACUUCAUGAACAUGGAGUGUGUGUGUAUGAUCCAGAGUGUGGAUUUAGUCCUGUACGUGUAAAAGUUUUAAAUCCAUUUGUUUUUGAAGGGAAGGAUAACACGCUUGUUUUCUAAUUUUGUUUAUAAAGUUACAACCUGAAUAUUACAACCUCGGAAUAUUCGUUAGUUGAUACAGCGGUUACCUGGGAAAUAGUGACCUUUCCGUGUAUGAGAUAAUCAUUAUUGCAGACAACACGGGAUUGAAUGUUACUACGAGCUCGGAAGCAGAAGAUUCGCAGAAAUUAUGCUGCGCGUUCAUGUUUCGGCCUAAGCGGAACGCUUUAGUGAAACGGUUGUGGAAAUAUCGGAUAGUAAACAACACUGGUGAAGAUGAAGCCGCAUGUGCGCUGGAAAAUCAUGAAGACUUUGAGAUGAAGUCUGUUGUUCAUUCAGUGUUGAAACGUUUAAAAGAAGCCCAACUCGAGAAGCUCGUGCAAUCUGUGGAGAGUCGCGGGGCAGAUAUUUCAGACUGCGUGCUGGUUCCACGCGGAAACCUACGUUUUGGACGUCGGACAGCGGCGCCCCAUGUGCUAUGCUGUCAGCUAUGGAGGUGGCCUGAAGUCCGGCAUCCAUUCGAGUUAAAGAGGCUUCACUGGUGUCAAACUGCCAACGACCCUUUGUACAUUUGUUGUAACCCUUAUCACUGGAGUAAACUGUGUGAACCGGAGUCACCUCCUCCACCGUACAGACGAUAUCCUCAAGAGCUCCUCAAGCCAGAAGAUCGGGCGCCAAGUGAGCCCGUUUCCUUGGAAACCGGAGGUACCAAUCAGUACGGGUCUUAUCGCAGCCAUUCACCUGGGGACGUUAGUGGAGUUUUUCCCUCACAACAGCUCUGGUGUACGCUAGCCUACUGGGAACUCAGGUCUAGAGUUGGCCGUCUCUUCCCCGUCCACAAGAAUGCUGUCGAUGUGUUUUAUGAUCUACCUCACGGGGACGGUUUAUGUGUAAGUGCCCUCACAGAACAGAACCAGAAUGAUGGUGUUCUUCGAACCAGGCAGAAGAUUGGUCUAGGGCUCACACUGACCAGGGAAGAGGAUGGUGUGUGGGUGUACAACCGGUCAGAUUUCUCCUUGUUUGUUAAUUCACCAACUCUGGACUUGCCUCACACCCGGCCACUAACUGUUCACAAAGUCUUACCAGGUUGCUCCAUAAAAAUAUUUGAUUAUGAGAAGUCUAGAUACUAUCAGCGUUUUGAGAAUGUGGAACUUUCAGACGGGCCUUUUAACCAUAAUGCCGUCCGUAUCAGUUUUGCCAAAGGCUGGGGUCCUAAGUACACUCGACAGUGUAUCACAUCCUGCCCCUCCUGGCUAGAAGUGAUCAUCUCUGUGGUCAGGUGACAUAUCAUGCUAGUCGACUAGCCAUUAGGACUGAAAACUUGUGAACUCCUGACACUCGGCUCUGAAGAAAAGCCCAGGGUAUUUAUUAUAAAGGGAAGUGAACAGUUGGAAUUACUGAGAUUUUUACACCUAUUUGCCUAAAUUAACCCUCUGAUGACCUUUUAUAUUUUAUUUUCUCAUAUUAGAUUACAAAAAUCAAGGAAGAAACAAAGUACAAAUUGCUAAAAGUGUUAAGGUCCGGUGAGUUGGUCUAGAAACUUCUCUUUUAUCCACAUUCAUAAAGUUUUCUGUAUCAACAAACAUGCUAAAAACAAACUGGAGCUCCAAAGUUGGGUAUUUAAAUGUUUUUUACUUUGUGCAAUAAGUUUUAAGAAAUCUCAUUAGCUUUCAUUGCAAGUACAUAGAUGAACAAGUGACGAGGAUCACACCAGCACAGUGUACCACUGAAACAAAACUUGUUAUGUUGAGUGUGGUAGUUUAUGAAUCGUGAGAAAGGUAAUCUAACAUAUUUGUUUAUAAACAGGUACUUCUUACAUGUUCACUAAGUUAGUCCAGAGGCUCUGGCCUUCUAAACAUUUAUUUCUAGCUUUGUUGUUACUCGGUUACUAGCUUUAAAACCUGUUGUUCUUGGAAGUUUUAAGUUCUUUAGGUACUAACAUUUAGAUCAAGUUUGUAGUAAAAUUCUGUAUGUGAAGUAAAUGUUCACUAGUGUCAGUCUACAGGUUUUCAGUAUUUAAAACUCACUAAAGUUUGGGAACCUGAUGUGAAUCAGACUCACUACAUAGUAACCCAUAUGUGUUGAUAUGGACUACAGUCAGUCAGACUCACCACCCUGUAACCCAUAUGUGUUGAUAUGGACUACAUCAGUCAGACUCACUACAUAGUAACCCAUAUGUGUUGAUAUGGACUACAGUCAGUCAGACUCACUACCUAGUAACCCAUAUGUGUUGAUAUGGACUACAGUCAGUCAGACUCACUACAUAGUAACCCAUAUGUGUUGAUAUGGACUACAGUCAGUCAGACUCACUACAUAGUAACCCAUAUGUGUUGAUAUGGACUACAGUCAGUCAGACUCACUACAUAGUAACCCAUAUGUGUUAAUAUGGACUACAGUCAUUCAAAUUCUGUAUGCUAGUCCUUCCCUUUGUUUUCCAGCUGUUUAACUGCUAGUGUGCUGUAAUGAUGCUUUGCUAGUUAAUAAAUUCCAUUAGAGGUUAAAGCCUCCAAACUGUGUGUCAAAAUAUGCUGUCUUGUGUUAGUUUUCAAGAUCUGAUGUUAAAAUCGUCACUUCAUACUCUGCAGGGCUUUACUACAACUAAACAGUAUUCAUUAAAUUAGUAAUCUAGAGUGGAUAAAAAAAUGAACAGGAAAAACUACGUAUUAUUACUACUAGUAAUUAUGAUUAGUACAUAGGCAAGAAUGAUUGAGUUAUAAAUGACUUGCUGUACAAAGUUAUGUAACAGUGUAUUAUAAAAUAUGUAUAGCUUUGGAAGUGUGAAACAAAGUUAAGAUUCUAUUAAAAAAGUAAAUGUAUGAAGUAAAUUUUUAUACUUUACCCCCACCCCUUUUUUUUCUAGACAAAGUUUACCUCAAAUUACAUUUUGAAAGUAAGAGUAAUUUUGAAUAUAUUUUACAUAGAAUUACAUUUGGAAUGGCUGAAGUGAGGGCUCUGGACUUUCCUUUUGCUGUAAACAGAAAAUUGGUGACAUAAAAUAGACUGUAUCAACCAGUCGCCUGAAUAGUGCAUAUUAUUACCUAAAAACGUUUUGAUUGUGAUUUUACCUUGAUAUCAGGUUAUGAUUUUUCAUCUGUUACUGAUCAUAGUUAAAUAUUCUUAAUUUAGGGUUAGCCUAGCUUUCAAAGUAGGUAACAAUCUCAAUGAAUUUGAUAUUAUAUUAUGAGCUAUUUAAAAGUUAGAAAAAUUAGUUAAUAUAAUUUUUUUCAACAAUUACUUCCUGUGUGAAUUGUUUAUAGUUCUGUGUUCCUGGUAGUUUAUUACUGAAAACCAUGAGAAAAUAGUUUAUUUCAGUGUAGCGAAUAUAUAUUUUUAUUCGAACAUUGUUUAAAUGUUCUACAAAAUAUAAAAGCAGUAACCUGGAAUUUUAUUGAAAAUAUGUGAAGCCUUGAGUUUUGAAAUUUAUUUUGAAUAUGGUGAUUAUAAAUCAGCCCUAGAGCUUUUCGUAAAGAUUACACGUAAUUUAUCAUCAAUAAAAAAAUAUCUUGUCUAAUUACUUGUUUUUCUUUCAACCAGUUGAACUGAAAUUUAAAAUCUCAGGAAGUUUAUUAUAAAGUUUGAUAAAUAUUAAAUAUGAUUAGUUUGGAACAAAACAAUAACUCAUCAUUCUGUAUGGAUUUUUUUUUUUAAUUUACACUGUGAAAACAAAAUAAAAGCAUUCCAUGGACCAGAAUUCUUUUAAACCUAAAUCAAAAAGUGGUCAACAUAAUCUGUAGUGUUUGAUCAUGUAUUUUGAGAUUUUUUUGUGAGAGCUUGAGGUGUAUUUGGUUUUGUCAUUUUGUGAUGAUUCAAGCUACCAAUUUAUGUUCCAAAAAAUAAGAAUUAAUUAAAAUAAUACAGAGUUUGAAAUUUUAGAAAGUGAAACUUUUUUAUUGAAUUUGGUCUAAUAAGAUAAUAGGGAUACCUUCCCCCCCCCCCCAACAAAAAAAAACGUUUUCUUCCUCUCUCUCUCUGUGACACAAGAACAUUCAUGCAAACCAUACAAAUUAACUCUGGGUGACUCUAUACUAUGGGUUGAAAUGUUUAGUUAUUAAAAUCAGAUCUUGCCAACUGUAAAAGUUAUGUUUUUGAAUUAACUAUUCCGUUCAGUAGAUUCAUUACUUAACAUUAACUAUGGGUAAGUUUAAUCUUGUUUUCAGUCACUGUAAUACAGUUGGGGUUAGCGUGUUUCAAUCAAUCGUUAAAAACAUAGAUAAUUAUCUCUAUACUAGAAAUAUUUAAGAUGUAUUAAUUUAAAUAAGAAAAUUACCAGUACCAGAUGUAUUUAAAAUACAGUAUUAAGUCAGUUUUUAAUUUUAAUACUGUUUUGAUAUUUGUUUUAUGCCACAGUCCAGGCCCUAAAUUGUCUACUUCAUGUAGACGUUGUGGCAGCCAUGUCAAUAUUAUGAGUGGCGUUGCUCAAACGUUUGGCAUUUUGUAUUAAAAAAAAAAAAAAAAGGAAAGUCUGGCCUGCAGUGGGGCAACCCUCCCCCAUAAGGGGCAUUUUGUACUUGUAAAAACUGUAAAUAUAAUUUUUUUCUUCAUACCAAGAUCACCUUACCUCAUUGACUGUAUAGAAAAAAAAGUGUAUAGUAUUGACAAGAAGUUAUCUAGUAUUGUACAAAUACGGGGUAGUAACUUACCCCUAGUGUUUCUAUUGGAACUAAAUAAAAUAAUUGAAUAAAGAUUUAA